UAUCUGUUUAGUGCAUAUCUCCUUCUUGCAUAGUCACAGCGUGUGUCAGGAUGUACAGCUUUAUGGGCGGUGGCCUGUUCUGUGCCAUUAUUGGGAACAUCCUGAUAGUGGUUUCCACAGCGACAGACUAUUGGAUGCAGUAUCGCCUCUCAGGCAGCUAUGCCCACCAGGGCCUGUGGAGGUACUGCAUGGCCAACAAAUGCUACAUUCAGACAGCAAGUAUAGGUGCUCCCAAAGUUGUACCCCUGGCAUCUGAGAUUACAGGAGCUGUACUCUGGUUCAUUCAAGCAUACUGGAAUGCCACACGGGCAUUCAUGAUCCUAUCGGGAAUGGCGUGCUUUGCGGGCAUCAUGGCAGGCAUCCUCUCAUUUGCCCAUUUUUCUGCCUUUGAGAGAUUCAGUCGUUCCUUUGCAGCAGGAAUCAUGCUUUUCAUCUCCACUCUGUUUGUGCUGCUGGCUAUGGCGAUCUACACUGGUGUAACCCUAAGCUUCCUGGGCAAGCGUUUCGGAGACUGGCGCUUCUCCUGGUCCUACAUACUGGGAUGGGUGGCAAUGCUCAUGACCUUCUUUGCAGGGAUAUUAUACAUGUGUGCCCACAGAUUGUAUGAAUCCAGGAGAGUGGUUGGAAGUCGCUAACCUAAAGAAGAUAAAACUGCAAGAAGCAAAAAUACACUGACAAAUUAAUAGUUUAAAACAGCAUUAAAGGCCUUUUUUACACAUGCACAUAUAUUUGUAUAAUUCUGCACAGAUAAAUAUACCAGUCUUCACAAAUGUUUAUUUCACUUUUCAUAUUUUUUUUCAAUAAAA